GGGGCGGGGGGGGGCUCCUCUGCCUUCCCCAGUUUGGGGCUCCCGAAUUAACGGGGGCGGGUUCCGGCCCCCCCGCCCCCCGCGAAGGGGCAGAUGGGGGGGGUCAUCGCAGCCCAAAAUGGUGCCGUUGCUGCUGCGGUAUUUGGAACGUUUCCUUCCCUCUUGGCCGCGCCAGCCCUGCUCUGGGAAGCAGAAGCUCGUCCGCUCGCCUGCCUCUGUGCCGGCAUCCCUCCUCCCGCCCCCCCGUCAGGGUUUAGAUUGUGUCCUGUGAAGCGGGGGGAGGGGGAGGAUCUCGGCGCUUCCCUGCGCGCCUGCGCGGUUUUUAUCCUGGGACUGCAGUCGCAGAGCAGGAACCGCCUAGAGCCCUGCACUAAAUUCAUGGCCUAGGCAGGGCUUGGAUGUGGCUGCGCCAGACCGACCUCUCGGCCGCCAGGCUGCGCUGGCUCCCUCUCAAAGACUGUCGCAGACACAGAACUAGGGGAAGCAACUUCUUCUAAGGCACCAGCAUCACCUGCUCUGUAAAACAAGUGCAUUUGGGGACUCGCGUUCUGCCCUCCUGUCCCCUUAGAGACGCAAGCCAUGAACACAGCACAGGGCACAGUGGGCAGCGAUCCGGUCAUCCUGGCCACUGCUGGGUAUGACCACACAGUCCGGUUCUGGCAGGCCCACAGUGGGAUAUGCACCCGAACCGUCCAGCACCAGGACUCUCAGGUGAACGCUCUGGAGAUCACGCCAGAUCGUAGCAUGAUAGCAGCUGCAGGAUACCAGCACAUUCGAAUGUAUGACUUGAACUCCAACAACCCAAAUCCGGUGAUCAAUUACGACGGCGUGAGCAAGAACAUAACAUCUGUGGGGUUUCACGAAGAUGGACGAUGGAUGUACACUGGGGGCGAAGACUGCAUGGCCAGAAUCUGGGACCUCAGGUCGCGCAACCUCCAGUGCCAGCGCAUCUUCCAAGUGAAUGCACCAAUCAACUGUGUCUGCCUGCACCCUAAUCAGGCAGAACUGAUCGUAGGGGAUCAAAGUGGAGCCAUUCACAUCUGGGACUUGAAAACAGAUCACAACGAACAGCUCAUCCCAGAACCAGACGUCUCAGUCAACUCUGUUCACAUUGACCCUGAUGCCAGCUACAUGGCGGCUGUCAACAGCUCGGGCAACUGUUACGUAUGGAAUUUAACAGGUGGCAUCGGAGAUGAGGUGACGCAACUCAUCCCAAAGACCAAGAUUCCUGCACACAACCGUUAUGCACUCCAGUGCAAAUUCAGCCCAGACUCCACACUUUUGGCUACUUGUUCUGCUGACCAGACAUGCAAGAUCUGGAAGACGUCCAAUUUCUCUUUGAUGACGGAGUUAAGCAUCAAGAGUAACAACCCAGGAGAAACCUCCCGUGGCUGGAUGUGGGACUGCGCCUUUUCAGGAGACUCCCAGUACAUAGUCACUGCCUCCUCGGAUAACCUGGCCAGGCUCUGGUGCGUGGAGACAGGGGAGAUCAAGAGGGAAUACAGCGGCCACCAGAAGGCCGUCGUCUGCCUGGCCUUCAAUGACAGCGUGCUGAGCUGAGGACCAGCUGCGGGGGCCAGCUCCCUGCCAGAUGGGAGGGCCUGAGAACCGGACUAAUGGGGGGGAGAGGGAGACACCUUGAAGCAGAGCACAUUUGCUGCUCACCAGAAGAGGCUGGAAGCAGAGGAUGCCUCUCUUCCCUUGUGCGUAGCCUCCUCCCACAAGGGGUGGCACAUCCUGAGCUCCAGCUGACGGAUGGACACCUUCAAGAAUUGGAGCGGGGAGGGGGGGAGGAUGUGUUUCACAUGUAAGUUUUUGUUACCAGCCACAAUGAGGGACCAAAACAAUACUCAACUAGAAGUACUUGGAAGGUUGGGGGGCGGUUGCUCUUCACCUGAGUUGCCCAUUGGCCUUUAAUAAUAAAAGGUGUCUGAAAUAAACUCA